CACACGUUCGAAGUUGACCGGAAGAGUCACAACUUUCUCAUUCUUGUCACCUAUUCAUCGUACGUUGCGCAUCGCUCCUACGACAUAAAUAGGGGGUAAUACGAAGUCAUUGUCUUUCGUUUUCUUUUCAAUUGAGUUCAAUUUACUCUAAUUCCCCUACAAGAACCGCACCACAUCAUGUCUGAAGCUCCAGUCGAUCCAGCUCAGGCUUCGGGCGCUGUCCCUCCGGCCGAUGAUGAGUCUCCCGCCCAGUCCAAGAAGGGCGCAAAGAAGGCCGAAGCCAAGGCUAAGAAAGAAGCCGAGAAGGCACGAAAAGCUGCUGAAAGAGAAGCUGCCGCUGCUGCUCAAAAGGCUGCAUCUGGUGGAAACGAAGAUCUUGCCAAAGACAACUAUGGCGAUAUUCACCAUACUACUAGAGUCGCUGCCGACAAAGUACAACUCAAAAACUUAGGCGACGAGCAUGUUGGAAAGACGGUGAAGCUACGAGCGUGGAUUCAAAAUGCCCGUAUGCAGGGCGCCAAGAUGGCGUUCGUUGAGCUGCGAGAAGAGCGAAACUGGACCAUACAGGGUGUUGUUUCUGCCAGCGCCGAGGGAAAGCCAGUUAGCAAACAAAUGGUUAAAUGGGUUGGUGCUCUGCGACUAGAGAGCUUCGUUCUCGUCGAAGCUACUGUCCAGAAGCCUCUCGAGCCCGUUAAGAGCUGCCGUGUUAGCGACUACGAAUUACAUCCAACCAAGGUCUACCUAAUUUCCCCCGGUCCCGAAGUUCUCCCUCUAGGUCUCAACGCCGCAAACCGUGCUAUCGCCAGUUUCGACGAUGAGGACCCCCAAGCACCCGCAGCAGCACCCGCCGAGGGCGUUGAGAACCUAUCUAUUGCCGAUUCAGCUGCCGCGCCCUCAGCAAGCUUGUCCACGCAUCUCAACAACCCGGCUAUGCACAAGCGAGCACCCGUACAACAGGCGAUUGCCGAUGUCCGAAUGACUGUAAGAAAACUUUUUAGCGAAUACCUUGAGUCUAAGGACUUCGUCCAAUUUGAACCUCCCUGCUUAAUUGGCGCUGCUUCUGAGGGUGGCGCAAACGUCUUCUCCCUGCCAUACUUCGACAAACAAGCCUUCCUUGCGCAAUCGCCCCAAUUCUACAAGCAAUUCGAGAUUGCCGGCGGCCGAAAGCGUGUUUACUGCAUUGGACCCGUAUUCAGAGCGGAGAACAGCAACACACCAAGACACAUGACUGAGUUCACCGGUCUCGAUCUGGAAAUGGAAAUCGAGGACCACUACCACGAGGUCCUACACAUGAUCGAAGGCGUCAUGUUAUACAUCUUCCGCGGCCUACAAGAGCGCUGCAAAGACCAAAUCGAACUCAUCCGCGCCAUCUACCCGUCCGAAGAAUUCCUCCUCCCCGAGCCCGGCAAGGAAGUCCGCCUCACCUUCGCCGAAGGCCAAAAACUGCUCCGCGAAGAAGGACCCGAGGAAUACCGCAACGUGUCAGACGACGAGGAUAUGAGCACGCCCCAAGAAAAAGCCCUCGGCGCCCUCGUGCGCAAGAAGUUCGGCACCGACUUCUACGUCCUUGAUAAGUUCCCAGAGGGCGCUCGUCCGUUCUACACGAUUGAGGACCCGGAGAACCCGAAGGUGACUAACGCGUACGAUUUCUUCAUGCGUGGCCAGGAGAUCCUGUCGGGUGGCCAGCGUAUCCAUAUCCCGGACCUACUAGAGGCUCGUCUACGUAAGAAGGGCAUCGACCCUAAGAGCAAUGGUAUCAAAGAAUACGUCGACGUGUUCAGGUCCGCGGGUGUGCCGCCGCAUGGUGGAGGUGGUAUUGGGUUGGACCGUGUGGUUGCAUGGUACUUGAAUUUGCCGAGCGUGCAUCUCGCUAGUUAUUACCCGCGAACGCCGAAGAGGUUGACGCCUUAGAGUUUCUUGGGUUGGGAUAGAGAACUGAUAGGGUUUUAAAGG